ACUAUUUCAAGAGUAGCAUGUUAUUUUUCUUUCUUGGGUUUCGUGUCAUAUGGGGUAUUUGGGAUUAGGGGCUUGUUCUUGACCGGGUGUUUCUCAGAUUAGUAAAACCGGGGUUUGAUGGUCAAACUCAAAAGUCAAGCUUUUUCCAUUUUCUGAAUUUUUUCUUUUUUUUUUCAAAAAAACUCUGCUUUUUUUUUACGUUAGGUAUGCUUUGAUACUGAGUUUGAUUUUAAUAAUUCUCCAAUGAAAAGCCUCCCCGCAGAUAACGAAGGAAAUGGUACAUCAGAUAAUGCAGGAGGAGGAGGAGGAGGAAAGAUGAUGUGGACACGGAGAGCACUCAGCGCCAUUAACAAGAACAUCACUGAACCACCUCCUUAUGCUGUCAACAACAAGAGAUCACUUUCUGAAAGGUAUGUUAUCUGUAACAAACCACCACUGCGUCGACCAGCUACAACAACAAGGAAGUUUGCUGCUCAAUUAUCUGAUAAUAAGCCAAUGUUUGUACAACACACUGAAGCAAUGAUGGAGGAGAUUCACCAGAUGGAGGAGGUGACUGAAAUGGAAGAUCCAGAUAAAGAAGAAGAGCUAGUGAUUGAUAUCGACUCUUGUGACGAGAAGAAUUCUCUAGCUGUAGUUGAAUACAUCGAUGAUAUAUACCACUUUCACAAGAAAUCUGAGGAACUUUGUUGUGUUCCUUCUAACUACAUGGACAAUCAGCAAGAUCUUAAUGAGAUGAUGAGAGGAAUCCUCAUUGACUGGUUGAUUGAGGUGCAUUACAAGUUUGAACUGAUGCAGGAAACCCUUUAUCUCACAAUCAAUAUCAUCGAUAGAUUCCUUGCGGUUCAUCAAAUAGUGAGGCAAAAUCUUCAGCUUGUUGGUGUAACCGCUUUGUUGCUAGCUUGUAAAUACGAGGAAGUCUCAGUUCCACUAGUAGAUGAUCUCAUCUUGAUCUCUGAUAAUGCUUACACUAGAAGACAAGUACUAGAUAUGGUGCAUAUCAUUCUCCUCUUGAUCAUUAAUCUAACUACGGUGAACUUUCAGUUUCGGUUUACCUUUUUUUCUGCCUUCUAUUUGCAGGAGAAGCUAAUAGCCAACACCUUGCAGUUCAAUUUCUCAUUGCCUACUCCAUAUGUGUUCAUGAAAAGGUUUCUCAAAGCUUCCCAAUCUGACAAAAAGCUUGAGGUUUUAUCGUUUUUUAUCAUCGAGCUUUGUCUCGUGGAGUACGAGAUGCUCAAGUAUACACCAUCUAAGCUAGCAGCCUCGGCAAUCUACACUGCUAGGUGUACACUUGAUGGAUUUGAGAAAUGGAGCAAAACAUGUGAGUUUCACACAGGAUACAAGGAAGAACAGCUUCUGGCAUGUGCAAGAAAGAUGGUUGAUUUUCAUCACAAGGCAGGGACAGGGAAGCUAGCAGGAGUUCACAGAAAGUACAACACAUCAAAGUUCUGUUAUGCUGCAAGAACCAAACCAGCUGGAUUUCUACUUUAAUGGAGGAAAAAACUAUAGCAAUAAGAUCGAAUGACUAAUGACUUAAACUUUUUUUUGGAAAAAAAGAGUUCAAAAGAGCAGCGAUCUUUCUUUACUCAAGAGAGAAUAUGUUCUUUUUAUAUGAUGCUUUAUAGACAUUCUACUUGUGAAGCAAUCACCUUUAAACUUACGUGUGCAUAAUUGUUGUAAAACUCAUUGGUGUGGUAGAUGACACUCAUCAGACGUUCAGUAACUCAUUGUUUGGGAGUCAUAUGUUACUUGAUAGCCAUCUAAUGUAAAAUGGUGUAGUCCUCCUAUUUUAAAUGCAUAUUUCACAGAUUAUGUUCGUUA